AUGACGCCUCUUGUGGUGUUAAUUUUCGGAUUGACCUCAAUGCUGGAUGGAAUUUCCGCUGGACGCUAUGUGCCAAAGUGGAAGAAGCAGGCCUGCGAAUUGCCGAGGAACGGACACUAUGUGUGCGACGAUAACGGCGAGGUGAAGUGCCUGACGGGCUACACUGGAGAUCUGUGCGAUGUGCCCAUUUGCCGGAAGGGCUGCGACCCGAUGCAGGGCUACUGCAAGCGUCCUGGCGAGUGCCGCUGCAAGCUGGGCUUCUACGGGCCGAAGUGCGACAAGUGCAUUCCACUUCCUGGAUGCCAGCAUGGCGGAUGCAACACGACGUCCUUCGAGUGUGUCUGCAAGAAAGGAUGGGACGGACUCUUCUGCUCAGAACCGAUGUGCAAAGAAGGCUGCCAUCAAACCCGCGGAUACUGCGAAUAUCCUGGUGAGUGCAGAUGCCGUCUAGGAUGGGCAGGUCCUACAUGCCAAAGCUGCCAAGUACUUCCUGGCUGCGUUCAUGGAUCGUGCACGAAACCGUUGGAGUGCAAAUGUGAGACGGGAUAUCGCGGAUUCCUCUGCCAGAAUGCCAUUUGCAGUCAGGAUUGCCACAAGACGCACGGAUUCUGCCAGAAGCCCGGCGAGUGUCGAUGCAGAGUCGGCUGGUGGGGAAAGAAUUGCACACAGUGCUUCCCGUAUCCGGGCUGCAAGAACGGCACCUGUCGCCGCCCAUGGGAGUGCAACUGUCAGCCCGGAUGGGGCGGAAUGCUGUGCGACGAGGCGCUGGAUUAUUGCGAUAAGAACCCAUCGACCUGCACAAAUGGCGGGAAAUGCAUGUCAGUGACGAGGGAUGAGGGCAGCUUCCGGUGCGAGUGUCCCAGUGGAUUCCGUGGCGAUCGAUGCGAAGUGGCGCCAGCCGAUCCCACCAAGGAAUCAUCAUCGAAUGCAACAGAAUCCACGGCAAUUGCCUCGUCAACCGAACCGCUCGACUCCAAUGAGUUCGAUAAUGAAGCUUGA